CCAGUUGCUUAAGUAACUACUUUUUCGCGUAUCUUAUUACCUAGAUGUGUAACCUACAUCGAUACAUGUGACCACUUCCAUAGCAAUUUAUACAUUUCUGUACCAAUGUUUACACCUGGGUGGGGUGAGGACUUUGUUUGGCGACGGUGUUGGGGAGAGUUCUUUUGAUAUGCCGACCAUAUCUUGCAGGUGGGGGUGCUGUUAAAGGAAAAAAAGCCCUGACCUAAUUCUAAGGGUCAUCAGCGUGGAAUUCGUACAACAAAGUCAGUUAGUACUGCAAGACAGUCGAGCCGCAGGUCACAAGGACCGCAAGUCAAGAAGAAUCUAUCAUCUAACCGCGAUGAUGACAUCUACCAACGAGGUAGACCUUGAGGUUCUCCAGCCCAUAGACUCGACGCUCCUUCAAGUCAUAGAGAAGACAGUGGAGGAUCGCGCACAGAAGAUAGUCGAGAAAUAUAUUAGAGAACGCGACGGGAGUAUCACUGAACAGAGGAAAAAAGACAUUAAGACGAUGACCAAAGAAUUCUGUACCACCACUACCGCUCAUGGUGUCAGUCGUGUGGCAGAAGCUAACACUACCAGAUCAAGGGUUAUUUGGACCAUCAUUCUUGUCACCUGCACCGCGUUGUUCGUGUAUCAGUCCGCCAUCCUGAUCAAGUCGUACUUUGAGUACCCGGUGAAUGUCGACAUCAAGGUUGUAGACAGCAAGAAGCUCACUUUUCCGUCAGUCACGGUCUGCAACAACAACAGGCUGCGAAAAUCCAUGUUACAAGGGUCCCGGCAUGAAUCUCUGCUCGAGCUGGAUGAGCGAACAGCACGUGAUGUGUCGGACUACUUGUGGGCAAAGGAAAUAGAAGAGGACAUCGAAAUCGACCUGGAGUACGGCGGCGGUGUUGGAGAUUCAGAAAACAACAGAGGGGAUGAAUUGAUGAACAUCUUCCUCUCCGACGACAGUUUAGAUGCCUCGACAGAAUGCAGGCUCAGAUUCAAACAACUGUGCACGUUGGCUCAGCUCCUCGGAGAGCCAUCCAAUGAGUACUUACGGACUGAAUGGAGCUACUUCAGCCGAGAAGGCUGGGCAGCAAGGAUCUCCCAUCCGUGCACAGGGACGGAACACGACGCUUGUGACGAGUGUUACAGUAACAGGAUCAUGCUGAGACGAAUCAAGGACAUACCAUCGAAGCUCAAUGCAGCAUUCUGCUGUCCCGCUGACAGUUACAUUCAACUGACUCAUACGACGUUUGAAACUCACAUGGAAGCUUUAAACCCAUACGCAUGCGCGAACUUAAUUGGCGAGAUGCAAGGCGAGCCGUGUACCGCUAGUCAGCUGAUUACGGCAUACAAUGAUGGCAGGCGGUUUGACAACUGGGGUUGGUUUGGUAUGCCAAAACUACAUGACGUACAGAUGAUGUUAAGCGACGGUUGUUCAAAUAGCACCGCAUCGACAUGCUACCGUGGAGUGCUGCCAAUCAACACGACCCCACGAGGAGCUGGUUUGUUUUGUUGCUCUCCCCAAAUGUGUGUGCAAUCGGGAUGCAUGGCUAAAGUCCCCGGAUGCAGUAAUCCGCUUGGCAUGGAAAGCGGCAAAAUUCUCGAUCACCAAAUUUCAGCGUCGUCAUUUGACGAGCAUCCACCAGUUUACGGUCGCUUGAAUUCCAUGGUCCCGUGGCAAUUUGAUCCCUAUUAUGACGAGAAUCCGCGGUUCGAGGUAGAUUUUGGCAAAACAGUUAUUCUGACGGGACUCAUAACCCAAGGAGACGAGGAAUCAGUUCAGACUUACGCCAUACAGCACGGCAUGACGUCAUCUGAUUGGAUUGAUUAUGUAGAUGAGUAUGGGGAAGCCGCCCUCUUUUGCGGUCAUGUCAACAGCAAUGGCUACAACUUCCAGCAUCUGCCUAAUCCUAUCUUUACCCGACACGUCGCCAUUCUACCGCGUUUCAAUGGUUGGGGCAGAAAGAAUCUCCGUGUGGAGUUUUUGGGAUGUGAAGAAGAUGACUGCAUCUUUGCUCGUGCUCCAUUUCCAAUGAUAAACACUAUAGAUCCCAGCUCCAUCAGCUGCAGUAGCAAAGAUUGUGUGUCCAAUGUCACUACAUACCGUGGGACCGUACGCUCUUCUGGUAACGCCACCUGCCAAGACUGGACUUGCCCAAACCGUCACUUUGACUUCUGCCUGGAGGAAAACUUCUGCCGAUUUGCACCUGAUCAAAACAGCACCGACUUAGUCUGUCCAUCUGUCUCGGAUUCCAGCCAAGUAAACCUGACUUCCGAUCCCUGUCAGUCCAUCGCGAAAUGUCCCAUCAGCGAAACUGACGACGAACCAGUGUUCCCCACACGGCACAAGUUUUACCAACACGCUUUUGCCGCUCAGUACUGUGAAGAACGAGGAAAACAACUGUGUUCACUGGAACAACUCGUUUUGCUAAACACCUUUCGAGACAUGGUGGCAAGUGAAUGGGGCUGGAUCAACGAAUCUGGUUUGGAAGCCACGUUUGAAGAAGACUGCACCAACACAACUACGGAACUCUGCUUUAAAAGUAUAUAUCGUUAUCGCCAAUCGAACGCCGUGAGCAGUGUGGCCUACUGCUGUGACUCCCUGUUUGAGCUGACAGAAGAAACCUACAAGAAUCACAGCAGUGCAGAAACGGCCUGCCAUGACCGGGGCAUGGAGAGUGGCAUCAUUACACAUGAUCAGAUCAAUGCCUCCUCUUUCUCUGACCAACAACACACACCAAACCAUGCCCGCCUCAACAGCAGGUCCUAUUGGAUGAUGGACGAAGAUGACACCAUGCCAUGGAUACAGGUGAUGUGUACAGAACCCGAAUGUAUUGUGGGGCGUGGCCAUAACUACAGAGGCAAGCAGAACGUCACCAGGACCGGCCGAACGUGUCAGAAAUGGGAUUCCCAUGAUCCACAGUAUCAUUGUACCACACCCUCGCUGUACCCGGAUGCAGAUCUCUCCGAAAACUACUGCCGUAACAUACCGGAUCACCCGGCCAAGGCACCAUGGUGCUACACCGGAGAACAGGACUGGGAAUACUGCAGUAUUGAACGUUGCGAAGUAGGCUGCGUUGACUUGAAGCUAAACUCUGUUGCUGGAGAGAACGACUGGGCCGAAUUCCUCCUCAGCUCUAACACAGAUGACUACACAGACAUCACAGACUUUUCAAUGGCUACGAGAGAGGAGAUUGUAGAGAUGGGUCAUCGUAAGGAAGAGCUCAUUCUCCAAUGCACGUUUGACAAAGAACGUUGCUCGUUGGAUGAUUUCAAAGUGAUACAGAACGCCAAGUAUGGCAACUGUUUCACUUUUAACCAUGGUGAAGACGGCUUAGUGCGAAACACGACCAAGGUAGGAGCGGAGUACGGUUUAAAAUUGACACUUUCAAUCGAGGCGACCGAAUACGUAGGGCUCUUCGGUCAGUCCCCAGGCGCAAAAAUUACAAUCCAUGACGUAGGGUCAACGCCAUUUCCUGAAGGCAACGCUAUCAAUACCAAACCCGGAGAGAGUACUUUCGUCGGCUUGAAACGUAGUUCAGUACGAAGACAGUCGUUUCCGUACGGAGACUGCACUUCCUAUCAGGAAAGAGAUGUGUUGUACGACGGGAUGUACACGUACGAGACUUGUCAACAUUCGUGUCUGCAGGCAGCAUUGCUGGAGAAGUGCGGCUGUUCUGAUGAGCUGAUUGCCAUGAAUAGUACACUGUGUAGUGUACUGAACAAUACACAAGAGUGUUGUCGUCAGGAAGUCCGAAAACGCCACGAGGACGGCGACUUGCCCUGCGACUGUCACCAAUCCUGUACUGAGGAUUCCUACACACUUUGGCUGUCAUCUUCCAUGUGGCCGUCAGAUAGUUACGUCUGGUACGUGCUGGAGAACAUUCACACCAGAAGUCAGUCUCAAAAUCUACCACUCAACCCCGAAGAACUGCGUCAAAAUCUCGCGAGGGUCCACGUGUACUUCCGUGACUUGAACUACGAGUUGAUCACCGAGAAUCCAACCUAUACUGAAGAAUCAUUACUUAGUGGCCUAGGUGGACUUUUGGGGCUGUAUGUAGGACUAUCGGUUAUCACAGUCUUCGAGUUCAUCAACCUGCUAGUGGACGUUUUCAAAGUUGCUUGUGACAAAGAAACAAAAGAUAGGAGCACUACUGGAACACCAGUCAUUACAUCUAAGCUAACGGUAUAG